UGAACUUCAGCUGGUUUAAAGGAGGAAUGUUUGUAGGAUCUGGAAGAAUCUACAACAUCUCAAAGAUCAGCUCUGAUCACAGUGGAGAAUACAAGUGUAGAUCCAUCAAUGAACAUGGAGAGAAAUACUCUGAUGCUGUGAUGCUGAAUGUGAUGUAUGCUCCAAGAAAUGUAGUGGUGUCUAUAACUGGAUCAGGUGUAAUAGUGGAGGGAGAUUCAGUGACUCUGAUCUGCAGCAGUGAUUCAAACCCUCCUGCUCUGAACUUCAGCUGGUUUAAGGAGAAUCAAAGCUCAGCUGUUGGAUCUGGACAGAGUUUCAGUGCACUACAGAGUGGACGCUUCUACUGUGAGGCUCACAAUCAACAUGGAUCUCAGAGAUCAGAUGCUGUUACUGUCACUGUUAAAGGACGUCUGGUGAUACUGCACAUAACUGUUGGUGUGAUUUGUGGAGCUGCAGUUAUCUUAACAAUGCUUAUUUGGAGAAGCAGGAUGAAAAAGAAAAAAGACACACUUGAAACUCAGAUGAAUCAUUUCAGACCUGAUAAUGAUAUAUAUACAGCAUCUGAUGUUGAGUCGACUGAUCCUUUAUAUGAGAAUGUUACGAUGAAUGUAUCCAGACCUUGUGAGUUUGAGAUGACUGAACCUGUGUAUGAGAAUACAAUGCAUGAAAAACCGUAGUGUUUGGGACACUGCCUUUUUUGUCUCUGUGGGUGGAGCCCUGAAUGAUUGACAGCAGCGUCUUGAUUUACAGAAAUGUAUUUACCAAUUGGUUUUAUCCAGAAAGACUCGCAGACGAUGAGCCAUAAAUGUGCUGUAAUUUUAUUUGAGAUAAAGCAUAAAAAUACCUCAUGAAUUGGUAUAAAAACAGUCUUCAUUUACAAGAAAAAAGUGCAUCUGAAAACUAAUAUAAUCCUAUAAAACCUCAUUGUAUGUAAAGUGUUAUGUAUUCUGCUUAUUCAGUGUAUUUAAAGAUUGUAUAUUGCCCUUUUAAUAAACUGUAUUGUA